AUGGACGAGUUCUGUGCAAUGUGUGUCGACUGCUUUCAAGAGGAGCGACACAAAGGACAUCGAUAUCGCCUCGUUCUCUCUGGACGCGGCUGUUGCGACUGUGGCGAUGAAUCAGCUUGGAGUCCAAGUGGCAUGUGUGAUCGACAUGGGAGACACACCACGCACGCCCAAUCACCAAGGGGCGCCCUACCUUCAAUUUGGACAUCGGUAAUUGAGCUGUUGGUGACGGCCUUCCUUGAGGAGCCCAAGAGGUCGUACAUCCUUGUUCUUACAUUGAUGAUGGUCAAGCUGGUCGAAGCACUUGGCGAGUGUGUUGCAUUGUGCAUUGGACAGCGAUGGCACGACUUGGGCGAGGGUCCAACUCACUCAUACAAGAAGAUUGCCGAGUUGCUGAUGUGCACGACGAACAUUACCCCACCAGUGGAGCGCUUGGUCGUGUCCCUGUUCGUCUGCACACAGUUCCGCGAGGACUUGGCAAUGUACAUCGCGAACAACUAUCAUUCACUGCAGGUGUCGUCCAGGAGCAACAAGCACAGCAACCGCAACCUUACCAGCAUAUCCCUGAGUCUUCAGCUGUUCUCUGUGGACUCGAUCGCGAACAAGAUCGUGGCCAGCAAUAGCUUGCUCAACAUUAUAAAAUAUUUAGUUGAGACGAUUGGUGAGGCGGUCAAGCCCGAUGGCACGGUGAACAUGUCGCACCCCAACCUCAGGAGCCGGCUCUUCCUUCGUCCGCUCAUGGAUAUUGGCUACAUCAUCCGCAACAAGUCUGGCUUCCAAAGUCUGUGUGAGAGACCCCAGCAACUCUUUGCCCUGUUCAAGAUCCUUCAACAGACACAAGAGAUGGCCGGCAACACCAAGAGAACCAAGCAUCAUGUGGAGUAUGAUGAUGAGUCAUGGGUCACAGGUUUUGUGAUUGAGGUAUACUUGCGCAAGUUCAUCGAAUCCCCUCUCUACAAGCACUUGGUCCAAGCAAAGUCAUAUGAGUCAUCGUCAUCAUCAUCGUCGUCACUUUCAGUCACGACAUCAAUCAAAGAUCAUCUUAUACAGCUGUUGGAGACAUACUCUAGCCAGAGGAUACAAUGGAAGACUGGCCUGCGAGGCGAGAAUGUACCAGACUUUCGUGUAUCAAAGCAGAGCACAUCGGUACAUCUCCCCUUGCAUCGCACUCUCUGUCCAUUGCUCUAUCAUCUCACAUUGCGACACAAUGUUCAACCCAAGGAUGUCCUCGCACUCGUCCCCGAUCCUUCCAUCCUGCUCGACCCACUCCUGCGCAUUAGGGCAUUCAACGCACAAGUGCGCAGUGGUUCGUGGGUACGCAACGGCAUGACCAUCGUCUCAAUCGCCCAGAACUACAUGCUCUCCUACGCCAUCUCAUUGAACGACCUCUAUCACAUGCAGUACCUCAUCAGCUGUCUGGCACCAACCCAGUUCUACGCGCAGCUUCUGGACCGCUUCGAGCUCUCAACAUGGUUCACACUCGAUGGAUCGAUUCCUGAUGAGAGUGGCGCGACACCUGCACGACACGAUAGUGGCGACGGAGAAAAGGUCAACUUGAUCAUCGCCGAGGAGAUGACCCACCUCAUCAUCUCAUUGGUGUGCGAUCGCACUCGUGUUGGCGACGCCACCGAUGAGGAACAGGUGCGACGGCUGAUCAUACAUGUCCUGGCCGCGGGCGGAAUGAUGCGCCACAGCGAGAUAUAUGAUAGACACGCGGAGAUUUUCGAGCAUUUUGGUGUCUCGCCACAACAGUUUGAUGUGGUACUCGGGUCCGUCUCAGUGUUCCAUCCCCCGACAUCGACUGAGACCGGACGAUAUGAGUUGCGGCCAGAGUGUUGGAGUGAGUGGUCGCCUCACUACCCUCAGUACAGCAAGUCCGAGGUACAGGCAUCAAUCGAGCGAUAUCAACAAGUACGCAAUCAAUCAUUGCGCAAUGCCCAGAGUCAACAAGGUGAUGCCAAUGUGGACUACUCCAAGGAUGUACCGGCAAUGCCUCAGCUACACACAUGCUUCAAGUCAUUGGAUGACAUACUUCACUGUGACCUCCUUCAUUCGGUCAUCUACUCAAUCAUAUAUAACAUUGCGAGCACAACAACCACCACGACAACCUCUGACGCCUUGAAGUCAGCGGUUGUGCCCAAGCUCGAGCAGAUGGACUUUGGUUAUGAUGCACAUGACUUCAUUCACAAUAUGUUCAUCAAUGUCAAGCGAACAUCAUCAUCAAAGAAUCCACACUCACUAUAUGCUCUACUCAGACUGAUGGCGCAGAGCAAAGACUUUGUAUCACAUCAACAAUUGAUUGAACAUGCAAUCAUUGGACAUCCAUUGGUGUUGCAACAGCUAUCGAUUCUUGGUGAUGCUGUGCUCCUGCAUGGUGUCAAGCGAAUUGGCGAGCUCAUGUUGGAGGACUACGAGGACGAGGAGGACAACGAGGACGCCGCCGUGGGGUCUGGCAAGGAACACCAGGACACCAUUGAGUAUGGCGCAUGUGCAAUGUGCAAAGCAGACAUGGUUCCAAACAAACGACCAUUUGGUUACAUUGCCUAUGUUCAGAGCAACUCAUUGCUGUCACUCAUGCCAGGUGCAGCUGGGACCACACCAAUCGAUCAUAGCGAUUAUGAUCAGCCGACUUGUGAGAUUCUACGUGAUGUCCACAAAGGACAAAGCUCAUUCAUCACCUUCUGCUCCCAUGCCAUGCACAUUGAAUGCCACUCAAUUCUCGUUCGCAACACACCUGGUGCCAUCACCACAACCACAAAGUUCACAUGUCUGGUCUGCAGACGCCUGGCCAACACAAUCGUUCCAUUCACUCAACAAUGUAUACUUCCACCGCUGCAGCCAACAAAUCAAUCAUUUGCACAAUGGAUGAAGAGUGAUGUGCUUGGGGGCGACACGACUACGCACCAUUCCAACGUGAUGCCUGGACCCCCAAAUCAACGACUUUUAACAAUGUUGACGGCGACUAUAUCAAUGAUGGAGUUGAACAAUCGUAACAAUGACAAUGUCAACAUCAUGGACGCAGUGUCAGGUCAUAACAUGAUCACGCUACAGAAUCAGAUUAGACACACUGUUGAACAACACAACUCUGAAGAAAAGGCUGGUAGAAUGGCCUUUGAUUCAAUCCUACACGACAGACAUGUACUCAAACGCGACAUGUUUGGAAUGUUCGUCAACCUGUAUAUUACCAAUCAUAUACUGGCCCAACCAAGAGAUAUUGGACACCUUGUUAAACUCUGUUUCCACGCCACACUACUUCAAUCACUUACAUUGCUCAAGAGGUACACUGACCUGUCCACACUUCUCCAAAGCAUUGUAUCACUCAAUGAUCUUGAUCAAGAUGUCAAGUCAAUGUGCCUUCCAUUCUUGAGGAGAACAGCCAUCCUCAUGUCUAUUGUCCAUGGCUCCAAAGACAAAUCAUUCAAGAUGCAGAGCGGCCCAUCCACCGAUGAGUUCAACUCAUUGGUAAACAUCCUGCAUCUCAAUGACACAAUGUUGCUUGAUCAAGACCUGUUGGAAUUAAUGUAUCAUCGUUGGAUUGAGACAGAGCCAGCGCCAAUACCUGUCCCACUCCGCACACACAGACCAUUCGCCUUUGCUUCACUUGGACAAGACUUUCACAAGUUCUACAUGGAGACCUCAAGGAAGGCAUGUGGCUGGUGCAACAAGAUGCCAGUCGGACUACAUGCAGCGGUAUGCAUGCUCUGUGGAUGUCUUCUCUGUCAUCGAUCUGAGCAUGUUCUACACAAUGUCAUGUGUGGCCAAGGCAUUGGAGUGAUAUUUGACUUCCAGAACAUCACGGUAUGGAUACAUGCCAACAACGUUCACACCAGAGUAUGGGGCACUAUCUAUCUCGAUCAACAUGGCGAUCAGGACUAUGACAAACGAGGUAAUCCAAUGCAUCUGUCCACAUCACGUCUCAAUCGAUUGAUGACUGAGUUGCUCAGUCUAUCUCUUCAGAACAUACAAUAA